AUGGGGGAGGCAGAGGAUACGAAUCCCCGGCCACUGCAGCCAGAGCCUACAGAGGAUCUACCCGUUGACAAGGCUCUGCAAGAUGCUGACGCUGUGCCAGCCUUGCCAAACAGGGCGUCAGAGUCGGAGUGGCAGAUGCUCGCUGCAGAGCGCAAGGACAACUUUCCGGCAGUGGAGGCAGAACCUCAGUUUGCGCCACAAGCUUGGCCCAUUGAUGACUAUCCAUUCUGGAUUCCACUUGGCACUGCAUCUGAUGCCAGCGCUGGACUGAGUGGUUCGUCGACCUCCCAGGCUGUGCCAGCUGGAAUCCCCCUGCCAGUGUUGCGCACGGCUGCGGAUAAGUGCACUGGCCACGCCGAGAGCAAGCCGGCAGUGGCCGCGGCGUUGGAAGAUUCUGAUGGGGAUAAGCAAGUGGAUGGAUCUACGCAGACCCAGACGGACCUUCGUGGCAGUCACAUUGACCAGCUCCUGAAGCAGAAAGAGCCGUGCCUGGAAUGGAUUCGCACACUUGUCAGGUGGGCUCCGAUUCUCGUGUUGCUGAUAUUGUGGGCGCUUUGCCCGUUGUUCAACUCUGCCCUGCUAUCCAGCUUCAAGGCUUCGAAUCAGGAACUCAGCAAACUCGAACAUGAUCAUGAAUCCUGCGCGGUCCGCGAGACCAAACUCGAAAGCAAGGUGUCAGACCUUCAAGUCGACAUGGACCAUAUCACCCAUGGCAAGCAAUCCUGUGUUUUGGAGCUGGGGCAGCGUGCAGCUGAGAAUGUGCAGAUGGCCACUAAGAUGCGUGAGCUUGAGGAGGCGGACCUCCACUUCCUGCACCAUGUGCUGCACUGGAAGUGGCGGUCGGAACAAGCGGGCAAGGAGCGGAAUGAGGGAACCAUCAAUGUGCUGAAGGAGAUGCUAUCCAAGCUGGGAGAGCUAAAGGGGGAGGGGUUUCUCCUGAAGGCCAUCAACCGGAAGGCAACGUCUUUGUGA